AUGAUCAAGCUCAAGCUCAAACAGGAAAUACUGCAAGAUCAGCUGAAAAGCUUUGAACAAGAGAGAGCUCAGGGCCUGGCAAAUACCAUUUUGUCUUUCCAAAGGGUCUAUCAAGACCUUGUUGAUAGUGAGCUUCUGCAAUUAUUCGGCGGCUCGAAAACCUCCCCAAGCACGACACCGGAAGAGUUCAGCUGGGAAGACCUUCCACGCCAGCUUAUCGAGUAG